AGUUCAAAAAAGACGUUCGUUCUGUUUAGUAGUAUUGUCGGUGCAUGUAAAAUAAUUACGAUUAUUUAUUUAUCUGUUACGUUUAUAAAUAUUUGUUGUGUGGUUGUUAUACCAAUGUGUUAAAAACAAAUAUCAUAUAGUGUGAAUACCUCGUUUACUUGAAUUUGCCGUGGAAAAUAAAUUAACAGGUGAUGCCGACGAAUACACCCUGAAUGGAUCGAUAUCGUUGACUUUCGAGUCUGGAAUAAUUUUACGGAGGUAUAGGGGUGGUGGAUCAUGGAGAAGUCAGCUCGACCACGAACAGCACUCAACGAGUGCGUUAAAGUGAUCGUUCGAUGUCGACCCCUUUCAGAUAGGGAGCAAAAAGAGGGCUACGAUGAGGUUGUGAAGGUGUGGCCGGAGCGUGGUGCCGUGCAGGUGUACAAUCCCAAAGGUCAAGACAAGCUGUUCACAUACGAUGCCGCCUACGAUUGCACAGCAGAUACACAAACCAUCUACGAUGAGAUGGUCCGGCCAUUGGUGGCGAGCGUGUUGGAUGGCUUCAAUGGAUGCGUGUUCGCGUACGGUCAGACGGGAACAGGAAAGACGCACACGAUGGAAGGUACUACGGAACACGAGGGCAUCAUCCCGCGCGCCUUUCGACACAUCUGGGCGCACAUAGAGAACAGCGCUUCGCCGGAUGUAACCCACCUUGUCGCUUGCUCAUACGUCGAACUGUACCUGGAGGAUGUCCGCGACCUGCUCGCCAAAGAUGGCAAGAAACUCACCAUAAGAGGACAGGAGCUGAAUGGCUUCUAUAUCCCAGAGAUGACGUCGGUGGUGUGCAAGUCAGCCGCGGAGAUGGUACGCGUGAUGCGCGCAGGCAACCGAAACCGCGCCGCCGGCCGAACCGACAUGAACGAGCACUCUUCACGGAGCCACGCCGUCUUCCUCGUCACCGUGGAGACCGCACAUCGCGCCACCAACCGCAUACGCGUGGGCAAGCUGAACCUGGUAGACCUAGCGGGCAGCGAGAGGCAGCGUAAGACCGGCGCCUCCGCGGACCGGUUGCGGGAGGCGGCGCGGAUCAACCAGGCGCUCUCAUCACUGGGGAACGUUAUAUCCGCGCUCGCUGAGAACAGUCCACAUGUGCCCUACAGAGACUCGAAGCUGACACGUAUCCUGCAGGACUCGCUGGGCGGCAACAGUAAGACCAUCAUGAUCGCCAACAUCGGCCCCGCCUCGUACAACUACGACGAGACCAUCACAACGCUGCGGUAUGCACACCGGGCCAAGGCGAUUAAGAACAAGCCGGUUCGCAACGAGGAUCCGAAGGAUGCUAAACUGCGCGAGUACCAGGCGGAGAUUGAGCGCCUGCGAGCCCUCAUAGACAAACGCCGCGCCCUCGAGCGACGUCGCAAGCCCGCGCGCGCCCGUCCGCCACCCGUCGCAGCUGAGGAAGAAACAGAUAGCAUAGAAAGCGAACAUUUAUUAGCAGAAUCCACCAUAGAACAGGAGAAAUGUAAAACAGAAGAGCUAGAGCAUCAGAUUAGAGCGUUGGAGGACAGAUUAGUGCAGGGCGGUGGCGGGAAAGACCUCAUCAACAACUUGAACGAGAGUCAAAUGAUACUUGAACAGAGGAACAUGGAGAUCACGGAGAGGAAAAAGAGGGAAGUGGAAAUGCAGCAGAAGAUAGAUCUAGAGGAAGAGACCACCGCUAUAGUUACUAAUACCUUUACUACUUUACAACAAGAAGUCGACCAUAAAACGCAACGAUUAAAGAAAUGCCUGGCGAAAUACACGUGCGUGCGGGAGGAGACCGCGGAGCAGCGAGAAGCGCACGAUGCUGAGCGCCGCGAGCUGGAGGCGCUGCACUCGGCACUCAUAGCGGAACUGCGCCGACGUCUGCUGCUCGCGGACAGCUUCAUACCGCAUGCGGGCCGGGCAGCUGUGCUGCGGCUGCGGUACAACGACGAUACCGACACUUGGGACCUGCCGCCCAGUAGCGGGGCGGAGCCUCUGUCUGUCCGUCCGGUGGCGUGCGGCGGGCGGCGGCCGCAGUGCGCGGUGUACUGCAGCAGUGCCGCGCCCCCGCGCCGCCGCCCCCACCAUCUCCUGGACCUGGCGCCCCUGCCCCUGCCACCUACCGCGCGCCCCUACCCGCGACCACCCACCGCCACCACGGCACACGUGCAGGUGACAGAAACCGUGGUAAAGAAGGAGCCCGAGAUCGUGGAAGCGAGACGGAAGACUGGACGCGCGCGCCCCCCCUCUGCACACCAUCGGCUCGGCACCGCCGGCGUGCGUUAGGUCACCGUCAUGUUGCCUCAUUAUAAAAGAAGAUUGCGACGGUCCCCCGGAACGUGGCUGAUCGUUCCUUCGGGAGGAACGACGCGUUCGCGAAGCACCGCGUCUCAGACUGAAAUUCAAGAGUAUUUUCGUCGACGAGAUGCGGCCGCCCCUCGACGAUCGACUCGAUCGAAAACUAUGUUUUCUACGCUUUUUUAUGUUUGAAAAUUCUGGUAAAGUAAAAUGAUAGUUUUUAUUGUAUUGUAUGUGUCGCUUCGCCGGCAACACGAUAUUUUUGUACCGCACCAGGGCGGCGAUGCCGUCGCCGAGUCGCAGAUUCCAGUGAUCAUGAUCUGUGAAAGUGUCCAAUGAUGAUCUCAUCCGUAUUAUUUCCUGUGCUGCUGGGCGCGGGAGCACCCUAUGUAUUAUUCGAUUGAAGCACGCCCCGCUCCCGUGUGCUCGGAGCGGUAAUUGAAAAUUUAAUUAUGUUCCGAUUUCUCUUCGGACAUGCCAAGUGUUUUUACAUCAAGUUUUUAGGUUGUUUAGUCAGUUUUGGUUAUCGUUUGUUUUCUACGAUGUUGUUUUAACGUUGUUAUAUUUUUUAAAUUUUAUUUUGCGCUUCGUGUUCGUUUGCGAUGAAGCGAGUGAUAUUAGGUAGUGUAUUAUUAUCAUAAUAUAUAUAAUUGAAAUUCGCAUUGUAUAGAACAAUGAAUUGAAAGUAUUUAUGAUGUGUAGUCCGGUUGUCUCUCUACGAGAUCGUCCGAAUCCUUCGGGUGAUGCGUGUCAGCGCCUCGCAGACUGUGUUAUGUUCAAAUGUAUUACCAAAGAUUGAAACGAUUCAUUCCACGGAACCUGCCCGACUAGUUUUUGAUGUUAAAAGUGAACAUGUUCCUUUAUUUAUAUGUAACUUAAUUAGUGAAUGCGUUUUAUUAUUUCUAGACACGGUUUCUAGUCAAUGAUCCUUGUAAACAAAUAAUGUAAAUAAUAAUUAUAUUGUAGGUAUUUAAAAGUAUAUAGGUAAUAGGUUAGUGGCUAAAUUCGCACAAUUCUUUUUGAAGACCAGUUGACAUAUUGAUUUGUUGUCAUAAUAAUGUUGCUCGUUCAGUCGAUCCCAAAAAUUGCAAGUCACAGGUGACCGUUACCAAAUCAAGUUUCACCAUACGUUAGUACGUAUGUUUUAUGAUUUAUAUAAACAGCUUUUAUAAAUUUAUUAUAAACAUAUUAUAUCUAUACUUUCAAUUGUGUGAUAAGUUUAUUAUUAUUUUGAAUGUAUAGGAUGAAAUCAUGUGAUAUGUGAAUAUAUUUGAAAGCGCUAGUCAGCUGUGCCGCAUACAAGCUUAUACUCACUAAUAAAAUGUUUCAAACG